UUGAGGACAUCAAGCCUCGAUUCACAUUCUUCUUCUAACUAGCCUUCCUUGCAUCCUCGUGGUUCCGCCCUUUUCUCUCGCAACCUAACUUAUUAGUAAGACUCUCAUCAACUUGAGCAUGUCAACGGACGUCAAAACGCCACUGGUCGAGAGCAGUACACCUUAAAUUAAAAUGCCAGACCAACUGCCACCACUCCCGAAAAGGGUCGAAAAUAUACUUUUCCUAAUGCUAGGAGAUGCCAAGAUGAAUUACAGACUGAGAGAAUUGUACGAAUAUGGAUCAGUCGGUCCCGACUUUUACGACCCUACCGCAAUGAAUGGGAAAGGCCGCGAUGAUCGUCCAAAGUUGGUCCAACAUGAAGACAUGUGCUACCGAGUCCAAGGAAUGGAGACCGACAGGUUUGAGUCUGGCCAAUUUACUGAGUCAAACAACUUGGCUACGAGCCACCCGACGGUAUUCCAGUCGUUGGCACAAGUUUUGAUCUUUACGUACGAUGUGUCUUCUAAAGAUUCGUUCCUGAACAUGUGCGAGCGAUAUGAAGGAUUGCCGACUCCUCGCGAAGGCAGAAUCGAGAUCAAGCUGAUGAGAAUCGACAGAAAUAUCUCCAAAAACGGCGAUGUCCAGGAUAAAUUGGUGCAUGAGGAAAGGUACAUUUCAAUGGAUCACUUCCCAGUAGUCUUUGCUGGUUGCAGAUAUCCAGCUGAAAGUGUCAGAGAGGUUGAGAAGGAAGACGUUGAAGCUUUCGCUCAUCAUCAUCCGGACUGGAAAUUUGCUGGCGAAUGCAUGCUAGAGGAAGAUAGACCCGAGAAUGUUGAUCAAGUGUUUCGAGUUGCUUUGGAGGUGUAUCAUAGCAUUCGAAGAGUAGCGCUACAACAGGGAGCUCUGGACCACAUUGUGGACUCUCGGCCGCACAAGCAGCAGAGGUCUCCUCACUGCUGUGUAGUACUGUAAUUUGGUCGCAGGGGUUAAUAUUGCACACGAACAUUGCCACAUUG